AUGGAGCCUUUCGCCAUAGAUCCUGAUCCCACCCGUAUAGAGCGGCUGGAGUGCAUCGGGCGUGGCAGCUACGGUGACGUAUAUCGCGGCAUCGACACGCAGACCGGGCAGCAGGUGGCUAUCAAGGUCAUCGACCUCGAGGACAUUGAGGAUGACAUUGAGGACAUUCACAAGGAGAUUUCUGCACUGGCUGGGUGCCGCAGCGACCACAUCACGCGCUACUUUGGCAGCGUGAUGCAGCCGGGGUCAAGCGAGCUGCUCAUCCUCAUGGAGCUGCUGGCCUGCAGCGUUGCAGACCUGCUGGCGGGAUCCCCUUUGCCCGAGGCCGCUAUUGCCUACGUGCUGCGCUCAGUGCUGGCGGCACUGGCCUACCUGCACGGCGAGUCCCGCAUCCACCGCGACAUCAAGGCCGCCAACGUGCUAAUGAGCGGCUCAGGGGAGGUCAAGAUCAGUGACUUCGGGGUCAGCGGCCAGCUGACUGGGACGCUGGGCUUCAGGCGGCGCACCUUUGUAGGGACGCCCUAUUGGAUGGCGCCAGAGGUGAUUGAGAGCAGCGAGGAGGGCUACAGUACCAGCGCAGAUAUCUGGAGCGUUGGCAUCACUGCAAUCGAGGUUGUGGUGAAGUUUAGCGGGGGGUGGCCGGCCGAUGCAUGCGGCUGGAGCGAACUGCUGUCGUAG